UGAGGGAUUCGUAUGGCGCUUUUUGCGGUAAAGGUGCUGCGGUGAGGGAGAUGAUAGAGGGGGGAAGAUGGCGGCUCCAUGGACCAACGAUAAAGAGGAGGAGUUCGUGUCCAUGAUGGAGGGAAGGCCGGAGUUAUUCGACAACACGGAGAUGAAUUUCACCAACAAGACGGCGAAGAUGAACGCCUGGCUGGAGCUGGCGAAACACUUCCAGAUCAGCGAGAAGGAGCUGCGUAAGAAGUGGGACUCUCUCAGGACUCAGUACAGCAGAUACACUAAGAUGAUGUAUGGAUCAGAUGGACGCUUCUUCACCCCAAGACAGCAGUGGAUCAUGCAGCGUCUCAAGUUCCUCGAUCCUCACAUUAAGCGCAGGAGCAACUACUGCACCGACCUUGACUACGAGGUGACGGUGGUUGAGAACGGCUGUGAAGAUUCGAGCCCCGCCCAGGUGGACGUGGAAAUCGAGGCAGACAGCAUGAACAAGUUGGAGAUGAGCCUAGAUGCGUCCAAAGUCUCCAAGCAGCUCUCCAAGCGGUCGUUCCAGGAUGACGACUCGGACUCAGCGCAUUCGUACGGAACCAAGAGACCCUGCUUGGACAAAUCCAGCCCUCAGAUGUUCCCCAAAAGCGUCUCCAAGCGACAGUGCAAUGAGGAUGAAGAGGACGAAGAGUCGGAUUCGGCGAGUAUGAGGAGGAUCGUCUGUAGCACCAUGGAGGAGAAGAAGGACGAGCGAUGGGACGGGUUCUCCAUGUACGUCACUUCCUGUCUCCAGAACCUGAACUCGUCACGGAGCCGAAUGAUGGCGCAGGACGACGUGUCCACCGUGCUGCAAAGACACAUGGAGCGAGACGGAGAGGACGAUGAGGAUGGGACGGUGGACAGGAGCGAGAUGUGCAGGAGAACCUGCGCCGCCUGCUGCGGUUUCACCAAGGCCAGGAGCAGGGACAAGCUGGCCACGCCCACCACGGACGAUCAGGACGACCUUGAGCCUUUUCUCAAGUCCAUGUCCAUCAUCAUGAAGAGGCUACCUGAGGGCGAGAGGUCAGAGGUCAAGUUCAGGAUCCACGAGCUGGUGCACAAAGCUCAGAUGAGACAUCUAAACGAAGAGAGGAACACACAGACCCCGUCUACUCUAUGAACUGCGAUUCACACUCGCACAACACCUGCACUUUUCUACAGAACUUUAUUAUUAGUUUUUUUUUUAAGUUAUAAAUAAAUAAUUGUAUAUUUCAUAAACAAAUGUCUGAGGAAAAAAAAAAACUGGAAAUUACUCAGAUUCUCUCUUUGUAGUGUAUUCUGCUGGAAGUCUUUAUUAAAAAUAAGCACGGUUUCUAUUUUUAAUAUUUAAAACAAUAAAACCACUUUGACCGUCAACAGUCUCAGGGUUGCCAGAUUGACUGGGAUCCAUCACACUUGUGCUGUUUAAUCAAUAAUAAUAAGAAAAAGUCUUGACUCUGUUACUCGUCAAACAUCAUAAUGCUGCAGGAUCAUCAGUAGUUUAAUCGUUUAGAUUAUCAUCACUUUUAUAGCAUUGUUUAUAAACUUUUUUUUAAAUAAACACAUCGUUUGCAU